AUGGCGGAUUUUACAGCCUGGGUAGAGCAGAACAAAGCGCUCUGGACGCGUGUAUACAAUGAGGUCAUACAUCCCGAUCUUGAGAAAGAGUGGAAGAAGAGUAUGUCUUCCGUGUCCGCAGCGCAUAACAUCGCUGAUGACCAGCUAGGAGAAGAGAGACACAAGGAGGAGCUUAAGCAAAAGGAAGAGCAAACCCAGGUUCUAUUCAAUCAUCUACAGGGCGAGCUGGUGAAAUCGGCACGUCUUUCGACUGAAAACGAACGACUCAAGGAACAACUUGAGAGCCAAGUUCAGCCCACUGUUUCCGGGGUAGACCUGCGCCGCCUAUUUGAAGAGAACGAACGGUUGAAGCAGCAUCUUGCGACAAAUCAUGAUGAUCUUGCCGAGAAGAUUAGUGGGCUGAGCAAGAAGUAUCAGGAUGCCUCUCAGAAAGUCAAGUAUCUGGAGAGGAAGAAUGCUGCAGUAAUGCAAAAGAACAAAGAUAUGAAGGAAAGCGUACGUGCAUGGCAAGAGUACGCAGACCGACAAUCAGGAAGCCAUAAAUCCAAAAAUGAGGCCAAAGCCGAAGACGCAAUGCCACGAAUCUCGGCCGGUCAUCUGAUGCCCGACGAUCGACCCCAUGUGCCCUCUAGUCCGGUUUCCGCGGCUACCGUGAGGACACCGCGCUCUCUUGCGGACGUAGAACGCUCUUCUCCUGCACCUAUGGUGCCACUUCCAGGUCCAUUAGGCGCUGUGGAUCUGUUGAUAGCUCCAAAUGUAGUUGAUAGUGGAGAACGUAGCACGAGCGCAGCUACCACUCCUAAGGCAGCGGCUCUAUUACAGGGUAAUGAGCCACAACAAUAUCGCCCUGAGCCUGCCACGGCUAAUCCGAGUUCGAGUCAGACAACAGUGGAUGAGCAUGUUGAAUUGACGAACAGAUAUGAACCAGUCGUGGAUGCUGAAGAGGAAGAUAUCCCUGAAUUCGUUUCCGAGCGGUCCUUAAAACGAAAGCGACGGCCGUCAAACGUUCCUGAAGAACCUCCAACCAAACGCUCACGACGAGCCCAAGCCCAAAAUCGAGAGAAACAUGAUUUUCUGGCGGAGUCUGGUGAAGCACCACCAGCCGAGAAUGGUGAGCGAGUCUCGCCACAUGUGGCCCGACAGCAGAUGAACAGCAGGUUGCGCGCUUUAAAGAAAAUUCAGACGCCCACAAAGGCCUGGCCAAAAACUUCAAAACUAGGACCGCCGAAGAUCAAGAAGGAGCAAGUCCCUACACCACCAUCGAGUUCGUCGCGGGCUAGGGAUACCCCUGUGAGGGCGGCUGCAAAGUCUCGUUCCAAGGCUCGUGAUGACCCGACACCUGAUCGGCCAGUAUGGACGAUGAAGCCGCCCGAAACACGGUCCAACGCUCGCAAAAAUCGAGACGUUCCUGCCAAAGACCAAGGCCGUCUUCGAGAUAAGGACGUUAGAGAACUUAGCGGGCAUGACUUCAAACCAAAUCCUGCCUAUAACCAAGGGUAUAGUUAUGCAUUCACGGAGACUGUCCGAAAACGUGGAGAUCGUAUGUGUCUGCCAGGCUGCACCAAUGCGCAAUGCUGUGGCUCCACAUUUCGAGCGCUGGCAGAAGCUCAAGCACCUCUCAGUUCGUCCCAAGAGGAAGUUUUGCUCGAAAACUACCUCGGCGAUGCAUACAGCAGCAUGCAACUCACUCAAAUGUCAUCAGAAGAGCGACAAGAGCUAGUUCUCCAAGCACGCACCAUGAAGAUGGCAAAAGAGUCUGGCAAACAUCGUGAAGCUUAUGAGCGGCGUAAAACACCGCCGGGCUUCUGGCGGGUCGACUUUCCGACGACCCAAGAACAACAGGAAGACAGAGAGCGGGCAAAAGAACAGGAAAAGGCUGUAGUACAAGAAAGAUGGCUGGAGGCCCAAAGAAAGGGUGGAAGGUGGAUAUUCAGAGACGAAUAAGCUGAUUUAAUGUACAUCAUGAUUGGUAGGCCAAAGUGUUCACACCAGGCUGGUAGUUCUCGUCGAUCGCAAAUUUGCUGCGUCAAUGUAAUCAUUUGAAGACUUUUGGAUGCGGUAGUUUUGGGGGUGGUGCCUCGGGUCGACUGUACCACGGUACCAGUGUCACUACCAUUAUCCACACCACGAUCCAUGCUUCAGGCUGGAUGUAGUGACGCUUAGUCCCAGGUACAGAAGGGUAUUCUGUAUAUCGUAGUACAUUAUUAAUCAGCACAAUGUCCGUGGU